UCAACAAUCAAAAAUACUUCCACCAUCUUCAUCAUUGUUUAGAGAUCCUUUGUUGUGAUUGUAGUUUUUUAUUUGUAAGCACCGCCGCCACAAUGACCGGAGGGAAGCACCACCACCACCACAUUCAGGAAGAGAACAAGCCAAUUGAUUAUGCGCAAGAGUUUAAACACCACAAGCAUAACGAGCACGUCGCCAAGCUCGGUGCCGUUGCUGCCGUCGCUUUUGCCAAGCAUGAGAAACACAUGAUAAAGAAAGAUCCAGCACACGCUCACAGGCACAAGAUAAAGCAGGAAAUCGCAACUACAGUCGCAGUUGCAGCCGGUGGAUACGCAUUGCAUGAGCACCAUGAGAAGAAAGAAGCAAAGAAACAAAUGAAGAAGCAUCACCACGGCCACCACUUCUUUUAAUACUUACUCUUUUCGAAGGAUAUUAUGUAUUAGUAUAUAUCUACGUAGAAUUGAUCAGCAGCAGUACACUGCUCUAAAUAAAUAAACAUAUGCGUUGUUUAUGCUUGAUUACUACAGUAGGUCUCUAGGUUUUAGUGAUAGUAACAAUAUUGGUGUUAAUCUAGUUCUGUUUUCAUGUAAGAGUAUAUA